AUGUCUGCCCCAACAAUCCUCAUUAUACCCGGCGGUUGGCACAAACCCGAAUCUUACACUAAACUACACCAUGCUCUCACCUCCGCGGGGUUCAAAGUGCACAUACCAGAGCUACCCUCCACUAACGGUUCCCGCCCACCCGAUGCAAACCUCACGAACGACACAGCGCACGUGCGCGCCACCGCCGAGCAAAUCAUCAAAAACGGUGACGAACUGAUCGUCUUGAUGCACUCCUAUGGCGGACAAAUCGGCACAAACGCCCUUUCCGGCCUCUCCAUCACAAGCAGACGAAACGCAGGACUAGAAGGCGGCGUAAGAGAACUCGUAUACAUGAGCGCAUACGCGGUAUCAGAAGGAAAGAGCAUGAUAGACAUGGUCCGUCACUUCGACCACGAAUCACUUAUACCGCUAGCCUUCGAUUUCGCCGACGACAUGACAUGUGUAAGCCGCGACCCUAAGAUCUUGUUAGUGGGCGCGGAUUCCGGAUUGCCUGAUAAUGAGGUCGAGAAGUAUGUUGAGACGCUGGUGCGCUGGAAUGGACAGUGUAUGUAUGAUGCGCUGACAACUGAACGGUGUGCGUGGCGCGAUAUACCGGUUACGUAUAUUCAUACGACGAAGGAUAUGACAAUUCCGUAUGAAUACCAGAAAUGGCUCGUGGAAGGUAUGAGGAAGGAGGGCGUGUGGGUGCAUACUGCGACGUUGGAGACGGGGCAUUGUCCAAACCUGACGGCAACAGAGGGUGUGGUGGAUGUUCUGCGAAAGGUGGUUGCAGGCGAGAAACUGGAUGAAGAAGGAGAGGUGGAAAAGCCUGUGACUACAGUGGAGGUGCAGGAUGCCAUCGUGGGUGUUGGAAUUGAGAAACCGUAA